AUGUCCAUUCGAAUAUUUCUUUUGCUUUUCCUCCAUUUUUCCCUUUUUUCCCCGAUCUCCUCGAAUCCAAGUCUCUUCUCCGACGAGUUAGAAUAUGACGCGGAUGAAUCGACGCAUCUCGGCUCUCUGUUCACCCAUUUUCUUCCCGAUUCUCAAUCGCAACUCAUUCUCGAUUUGGAUUUGUUCAAGCAUUUCUUUGACUAUUCGGGCGCUUAUCAAGAGGCGAUUUUCGAGGGAGAUGUCGAUUUUGUGAAAUACGCAAUACAAGUAUUUGAUCGAUUGAAGGAUUAUGAUGUGUCGGCUGGCUGCCUCGCUGAUAUGUUUCAUUUGGGAUGGACGGCUGUCGAGUACGCGACGCACGUUAAAGAGCAUCGAAAUUGCACCGAUUGCAAGUGCACGCCGCUCUUUUUACAGAAGAAAAACGAUAGGAGCUGGAUUUUUAAUGUACUCGAUUCGAUGGGUAAAGUGCCAGCCGGGAUCUUGGGAGGCAACAAUUUGUGGGUUGGCUCGUUCCCGACAUGUCGAAAGAUUUCCGUCAAAAAGAAUCAACAAGGCCAACGAUGGAUCGGAAAAUACUGUUUGGCGCAUUUGGAUGCAUACUAUCGAGAUAAUCCGCUGAAAUGGGCUGUGGCCACGGGAAGUGCCCCGGAUGCACAUUGUUUCACUAACGAUUCCAUGGAUUCCACCGAAAAAGAAAGCGAUCAGAAAUGUUUCGAUCUCCUUUCUCUUCUCAAUUUUGGUCUCUGUGUUCCAUCGACAUGCACCGAAUAUGAUGUGAAGAAAAUGGUGAAAUUCGCGUAUGGACUUGUGGAAGCGGCAGUUGGGCGAGAUCUUGUUUGUGAUGUGCAUGUUGAAUGUAGAAGUGGUGAAAGAGAAAGAAGAUUAGCUGAAAGUCCCCUAUCACAAUGUGCACGUUAUCUUCUCUCAUUCAUUUCAAUCAUGCUAAUCUUUGGUACUUCAUAUGAUUAUCUCAUCAUUCAAAAACAAGUGAAAACCCUUCCAGAAAAGGAGAAAAAAGAAUAUCGAGAAAAACAACACUCAUUUCUCAAAUUCAUUUUGGCUUUCUCGAUAUACACGAAUGGGCAACAAAUCUUGAAAACGGAUCAUGGAGGAAAAACCGAUCAAAUUGAUUGUUUACAUGGGAUGAGAUUCCUCUCGAUGGCGUGGAUCAUUCUUGGGCACACCUAUUAUUACAUUGGAACGAGUCUAACAAUGGACAACCUCGUCCCUUCACUCGUCUCUUUUCCACAAAUGUUCUACACUCAAGUCAUCGUUCAAGCUCCAUUAGCUGUCGACUCAUUCUUCUAUUUAAGCGGUCUUCUCUCUUCAUAUAUGAUGUUCAAAAAGCUAUGGAAAAACAAAGAAUUGCCGACAUUGAAAAACCCAUUACUAUGGCUGAUGAUUUAUGUGAGAAGAUAUUUAAGAAUCACUCCCACUUAUGUUUUCAUCAUGUUGCUCGAUGUCACCGUUUUCUCAUAUUUCACAGAUGGUCCUUUCUGGCGACCAAUCGAGAAAACGGGCUGCCGGAUUGCUUGGUGGACAAAUCUGAUCUACAUGAACAAUUUCUUGUUACAAGAUGAAGAGUGUUGCAUGGGUUGGACAUGGUAUCUCGCGAACGAUUUCCAAUUGCAAGUCUUCAGUCCGUUGAUCUUGAUCCCGUUAUCGAUUUCUCCAAUUUGGGGCUUUGCAAUCGCUGGCGGAAUCAUGGGUGCAUCAUCGAUCAUGCAGGUGAUUCUAAUGAUUAUUCACGAUUAUCCACCUGCGCCGUUGUUGACGGCAAAGUUGCAAAUCGUCGAAAAAUUGGAUUCCUACUGGAAAGAUGUGUAUGUUCGUCCAUAUGUUCGCUGUCAGCCAUUCAUCAUUGGAAUUCUUGUUGGAUAUCUUCUCAUUCAUUUCACAAGAAAUCAAAAAUCGUCGUUGAGAUACAAGAUGAAUAAAAAGCAUUUGCUCAUUGGAUGGACGAUUUCGACGAUUCUUGGGCUGUACAGUGUUUUUGGGCUCUACAAUUUCUCUCGUACCGGUGACAUCUCAACUUGGUAUUCUCUCAUGUACGGGGCAUUCGGUCGUCCAGCGUACGCUCUCGCAAUCGCUUGGGUUUCUUUCGUUUGUGCGACAGGGAAUGCUUCUUAUGUCAACAAUUUCCUUGGUUGGAAAUUCUUCACCCCAUUGUCUCGUAUCACUUUCGAUGCUUAUCUCAUUCAUCCGAUUUUACUUCAAAUCUACAAUUUCUCUCGCCCACAACCCUUCCAUUUGACUACGUUUUUCCAAAUGAUGCGACACACAUUUGAAGCGGUGAUUGUCUCCUAUUUUGCCGCUUUGUGUAUCUCUUUGGGUGUCGAGGUGCCCACAUCGAUAUUUGAGGCCAGAACAAUGCGAAGUCUCAAUUCUCUUCUUCGACCAAAACGCAAAAGGGAAAACGAACAAGAAGGAGGAAUUGAAUUGGUGGAUAAGAGCAAAUUGGAGGAGAAUCUGGAGAUGAAAGCAAAAAAUGAACAAAAUGAAGAAGAUAUUCAAUUCAUCGAAGAAAGCGAACCAUUGAAUGGAACAAAUAAAAAU